CUUACAAAUAAUUAGGAAAGAAGAAAAGGCAUUAUCCCGAAAAAGAUCAAAUCUUCUCUUCUCUCUUGUUCUGAACGAACGAACACUCGUCUCUGUAACUGAGAGAGACCCAAAGGCCUCACCUUUGAUCUAAAAAAGGUACUUCCAUGGAGGAACAGAGAGAAGAAAGUGCGUCAAUUGGUGAUUGCAAAGCGCCCUUGGAGGAAACAGGUAAGGAACUAGGGUUAGCUUCUAAGUCUGAAACCCUAGAUGGUGAAGUUGAUGUUCCGGUGAAGGAGCCAUGCGUCGAAGAUGUUUCUGAUUCAGGUGUUGGUUCUGUUACUAAGGAUGACGUUGAGAAGGGUGUUAGCCCUGAUGAUGUUGUAAAGACUGGUGAGCCUGAAACCGAGAGAGAUGCUGGAGCUGUUGAUGUGAAGCCGGUGAAUGGUGAAAGUGCAGGUGAAGAGGAGAAUGAAGUGAAUGACGAGGAGGCAAACCAUGUAGCUGAACAAAAUGUUCAAACUGAGAAGCCCCAACAAAGCUCAGUGGAUGGUGAGACGCUUUCUGUCGCGGAAGAUAAAGCUGGCCAAGAGAAGGAAUCAGGUGAUGGAAGUGAUGAUGCCAACAUGGAUGUUGAUAGCAAACAGGCGAAUGAAGAGAAUGUUGGAUCCGAGACCAACAAUGGUAAGGAUUCAGAAUCUGUGCAAGUUCCAGAGGAGUCUACUCAGGAAACAAACGAAGAAAACCCUGCUGCUGAAACAUGUGGUGAAGUAGAUACAACCCAUAAAGAAGAAAAUGGAGAAGCCAUGGAUGUCGAUUAUACUGAAGAGGAAACGCUGGAGAAGCUUGUUUUGGAUGAUGCUGGUGCAAGUAUGGUACCAACCCAAGAUGUUCCAAUUGCUGAAGCUGACAGCAAUUUAGUGAAGGGAAUGGAAGUUGAUGAAAGGAAAGAUGAUGCUGAUAUGGCAGUUGAAUCAGCAAAUCCAAAGAGUUCCAGUGAAGAUGCUGCUCCAGGUGAAAUUGAACAGUUGGAUCAGAACGGUCUUUUUGAUCCAAGGUCUGAUAUUACCAACUUUAUUGAUUUCAGUGGUGUAUCCUCUUGGUCAGGAAAUGUACAAGACCUCAAAACUGAAUCUGGGAAUCUAUCAUCUUUGAAAGAGGAUAAGAAAGCUACUCUCACCGCAGAGGAAGUUGCCACCGAGGAGGAUGGUGGUAAAGUAAGCUCACAUGCUGAAGGUGUUGAAAAUGAUUUCAAUGAAGCACCUGUUGCUACAGAGUGUCCAGAAGAGGCUUCUGAUGCAAUUUUGGGAUCUGACGAGAAGGAUCAACAAGACACAAGGAGGGAGGAAGGUGACACUACUAAUGAAGCUCCAAUUAUCGAUCAAAACCAACAGCAGGAAGAUACAGUAAUGGAAGAAAAUCCGGACAACUCUGACUAUGCUGAAGUUGGAACAGAUUCUGAUAUCAAGACCAAUGGUGUGAAACGAAAGGCUGAUGUCCUGAGUGAACAAAAGCCCUCCUUUAAGAUCGGUGCAUGCAUAGCCAGAGCUGCUAGUCAGAUGGCAGGAUCUCCUUCUGUUCUCAAGGGUAGUAGUAACCUUGGUGAUGAGACUCUUUCUGUUGAGAGCUUUGUAUCCCAGCUUCACUCUGCAGCAACAGACCCUGUAAAAGAGAACGCUGUGUCUGAAAUCGCCUCUGGCUUUUUCUUAGAUUUCCGAAACUCAUCGGCUUCGCAGCAGUUUGUUCCAGAGAAGGCAAGCAGCAAAAGAGGUAGAUCCAAUUCGAGCGCAGCAGUUGGAACCGAAGCAUUUGAGUUUGAGGAAAUGGGAGACACAUACUGGACUGACAGGUUGAUCCAUAACGGUGGCGAAGAGCAAACGCCAGCUGCUACAGAAAAAGAAAACUAUCAAGUUGUGCCUGUUGAGCUGAAACCUGCUCAGGUCAAAAGGACUCGUCGUCCAUACAGAAGAAGACAGUCUCAGAUCAGUUACCCUCUUCCUUCAGCUUCAGACAAACCGGCGGACUUUGAUGAGAAUGCACCAGCUGAGCUUAUAAUGUACUUUUCCGAAGCGGAUGUAAUACCUUUUGAGAAGAGUAUGAGUAAAAUGUUCAGGCAUUUUGGACCAAUAAGGGAUUCACAGACUGAGGUUGACGAGGAGAAGAAUCGGGCUAGAGUAGUAUUUAUGAAGGGUGCUGAUGCCGAUGUAGCUUACAAGAGCGCAGGAAAGUUCAACAUCUUUGGGACGAAGACUGUGAAUUACGAGCUUAGCUUUACAAUCACUGAAACAUUCAAAGUUAAGCCUUAUGUUGUGUCUUUAGACGAGGAGGAAGCAGCGGUAUCUCUUCCUGCUUAGAUGUAGUUUUGAUUCAAGCAUGGUUCAGUUCAGGUGAAAACAAGUGGCAGUCAUCAAGAAGAGAAGUAAACGAUGAAGUGGCUCUCAAUGGAAUAUGGAGGCUAUUGCUUGUGCGUUUGUGGACCUUUUAUGUAGAGAGAGAGAGAGAGAGAAAUUUAGGAUGUGUAAUAGUUUGGGAGAAUAAUAUGUAUUUUCUGGAGACCAGAUUUCUUGUUAAUGUGUCGUAAUAUGUGGGAGUCUAGAGAGUCAAUCUUCCUCUUUCUUGUUCUUAUUGUUGACUAAAAAAACAUUUGAUUUUCUGUUACUUUCAAGUGAUGUUAGUAGUGUUGUUAAAGUGAUUUGCAGCA